AUGGUUCAGAUAAACAAUAACAGAAUUGGAUGUCUCUAUACUGAUUAUCAGUCAGGACGAGCUUACAUUAAGUCAGCCAGAUUUGUGGUGCUCUCUCAUGGCUCCGGGAUUUUGAAGAGAAAAAGUAAAGACAGUUUAUCUACCACGACUAAGCCUGAUUCUUCGGAGGUUUCAGAUACGAGUGAGGAAGAUCUGAUCCUUGCAGAGUACGAGAGUGACGAGGAGAAGAAACUAGAAAAUAGGUUAACAGGAGUGGAUAGUGAUGAUGAUGAUGAUGACCUACAAGAAGAGCAUGUUACAAAGAUUUAUUACUGCAGCCGGACACAUUCCCAACUGGCUCAAUUUAUCCAUGAAGUUCAGAAGAGCCCUUUUAGUAAGGAGACUCGUCUGCUGUCCUUGGGCUCUAGGCAGAAUUUAUGUGUGAAUGAGGAAGUACGAUGCCUGGGAUCUGUCCAGCUCAUCAAUGAUCGUUGUAUGGAGAUGCAGAAGACUAAACAUGAAAAGAAUACAGGAGCAGAGACGGAGGGCAAGAAGAGAUGCGUGAGCCGAACGGUGUGUCCUUUUAACUCUUACAAGCCCAAAUACUGGGGAAGCGAGGUCUUUUCAGGCAUUGCUUGA